GGAUGAGGCAGAUGCACUCUAUGCAGACUUGCGCCAGCUGGAAACACUCAUGGCCUUGGAGGACAAAGACAUGCCCUCAGCAGAGCAGCUGCAUGGGGAGAGCUUUAUGCAGCAGUUUCCUCAGGUGAAACAGGACCUUGAGGAACGCAUACGAAAGCUCUACGCACUUGCGGAUGAGGUGGACAAGGUGCACAGGGACUGCACCAUCACCAAAGUGGCGGCCUCUUCAACCGGCGCUGUGUCUGGCCUUCUGACCAUCAUUGGCCUGUCGCUGGCACCUGUGACACUAGGGGUUAGUUUGGUGCUUUCGGCAACUGGGAUAGGACUGGGAGCAGCAGCUGCUGUGACAGGUGUGACUGCCAGCAUUGUGGAAGAAUCAAAGAACAAGUCAGCAAAAGCCGAAGCCAGCCGCCUAUUGUCAACCGGCAGUGACACAGAGAAGGUGGUCAAGGAGGUUCUACGUUGCAGCGUACCCAAAAUUGCUUCCUUAGCAAGGAAGUGCAUCCAAUCCCUGCAAGUCAGUGUGAAGAAUGCCCGUGCCUUCAACCUGGCCAAA